CAUCACUUCAGCCAACAAUCAACAACAGUCACUCACUCAUGCCCUCACCACCACCUCCCUUAGACCUCGAUUCUGCGCCGAAGUCGAUAAGAUAUGCAAUCCUGGCAUUCUAUCGCCCUCGCCCUGCAUACCUGCUGCAGUCUUGAUUCCCAGUAGCCCUUGCGGCUCCCCUUGUCCGCCUCCACAAUGUCGUCCUCAGUCCUCUCCAACCGUCCAUCCACUGCUCGCCGCUCAUCCAGGGUCCCCGGUGGUUUUGACCCAGAGGAGGAAGAAGAAGAUGUGUCGCCCCCUGCAAGCCUUAAUGGUGAUUUGUUCAGCGACUCGUUCGACUCCCAUCAAAACACAUCCUCCUUACUGCCCGGGCCCCACGAUCCCUCCAGCCUCCUGCAGCCACAAGCCCAUAAUGAACCUGACAACGAAAACACAAACCUGGACCUACCAGCGAACUCCACUUUCGAUGAGAGUACUAUGGACAAAAGGUUACAAGAUGUCGAGUCGAGCUUCCUCCCAGAUCAACCCUCCCAGCUUGCCGCUAGUAAAGACUCGCAAAUUCAGGGCGCCGACGAUACCCAUUUGUUUGGCAUAGUCAACAACAAUAUCGCCGUCCGAAGGAAGCCACAGCCCAUACAAGUUUCACGCUCCUAUUCCCCUUCCAACCCCGACCAACCUCUCAAAUCCAACCCCCUUCGUUCUCCCAUGACUCCCCCCGGGGGCUACAAGACCCCGGCGCCCGAUCAGCAACAUUUCUCCGAUAUGGACGAAAUAGAAAAUAGUACCCCUCAGAUGCCAAACACUUCGGCUUUAGAGAAUAUGUCAUCCUCCCCCACCGCAGCUGCUGCCGCACGCACGUUGUCUAGGGUUCAAUCCAUGGCCACUGUCGGUGGUUACGAGACUGCCCACGAGGAGGAUCAGCUUGAGACGCCACAGACGCAGUCAUACCCGAGCCAGGAGGAUUCCGAGGCCACCCCUAAGAAGGAUCCCUCGACUGCCUCCAUUUCACAAUCUGGAUUUCUCUCGGUCCCCGGCAUGGAGGAUGGACAACAAGAAUGGGAACAACCCGUCGUCAAACCCUCGAGAAGGCCCAAAUAUCUUCACAAGCGAUCAUCUCAAGCACGAUUGUCAUACGACUCCAUGGCUAGCUCCAAUACCGACGCUAGCGAUGCAACUCUCGGCGCUGACUUUGCCCUGCAGUCGGGCGGCGCGGUGCCUGAUUCCAGUACCAUGCGGAAAUCAAGAAACACAAUCUCGCGCCAGGCAAGCCUCGGUAGCAUGAUGUCUGGUAUUUCGGGUAUGAGUGAUGAGGAUUUUCGCGCCCAGCGCCAAGUUGGACCUUCCGACCUGAGUACCCUACAAGAAGAAAGCCCAAAAUCAAGCAAGGCUGGUGGCAUCAUUACCCCCAAGGCUUCCAAGUUCAGCUUCAACAUGCCGACGGAUACCGUAAUUGCGAAUAAUGUUCGCGACCUUGAGGUUCCUGGUACAUUCGCGCGACAAUACCGCCAAGAGCGCAGUUUAUCACCAGAGAAAACCAUCGGCACCCUAGGCAUGACCCCAGGUCCUAAGAGAGGCCUGACCUUGAAGGAACACAGAAGUACCGUCGAGAAGCUUGGUAAAGAGAACUUUGACUUGAAGAUGAAGAUUCAUUUCCUCGACCAAGCGCUGCAGAAACGGUCAGAAGAUGGCAUCAAGGAGAUGAUUACAGAAAAUGUACAGUUGAAAUCUGACCGACUGAGGUUGGAGAAAGAUAAUCACAACUUGCGAAAACAAGUGAGAGAUUUGCAGAAGAAACUCGAGGAAUCUGGAACCCGUGAAUCGCCGACUGCGGAUCAGGGGUAUGCCACCGACGAAGAGAGAAGCCCAACCGCAGAAGAGGAAGUCAUAUAUCUUCGUGAAAGAGUCGAGAUCAACGAAAUCGAGAUUGAAAAGCUCCGAUCAGAGAGCCUGGCCAAAGAGUCGGAGAAAAGGCGAUUGGCCGAGAUGGUCAAGUCGCUUGGUGACACGCGAGGCGCUGCGUCAGACGUUGGCUCGCGCGAGGAAAGGGAUAUGUGGAAAGACAUGCUUGAAGCUGAGACCAUUGCCCGUGAGCAGUCGGAAGAGGACAACAAGAGACUGCGUGACGAAAUCCAAAGGCUGAAGAACGAGUCAAUGGCCCAAGGCAGAUCAAUGUCGCGUAAAUCUCGAAUCGGAGGCUCGAUCGUUUCACGGUCAAGCAGUGUUGAGGCCGCCGCUCGUGCCCAGAUGGCAGACCUAGAAAGACUGCGACAUGAGAAUUCCGAGCUUCAAAAGAUGAUCGGAGCACAAGCAUCCACCCUCACUUCCCGGAACAAAGAAAAGGAAAGGUUAUACCAAGAGAUUGAAGAUCUGAAGAUUGGCCGCAUGGGCGGUCUACGAUCCGUCGCCGGAGACAGCAUCCUCGAUCGGUCAGCUUCAAGAGCCCGAUCCCAUUCUCGCGCCAGUAACGGAACUCGAUUGUCUCGACUCAGUGACCAAGAGCGUGAGAACCUCGAAACUCGAGUCAACGAGUUGCGGGAUGAGGUUUCGCAGCUCAAGCUUGAGAACCAGAACCUCCAAGGUCAAUUUGACGAGGCACUGGCCGAGCUCGACGCCGUUGACGCGCAAGCACAAGCGGAUGCAGAUCAAUUCAACGAGGAGUUGCACCUCCUGACACAAGAGCGCGAUAAUGCGCUUCGGGACGCCGACGAGCAAGACCAAGCCUUCCAACAGCUAAAGGCCGAAGCCCAAGAGGAAAUCGAUGGUCUAGGAGAUGAGCUGGAUGCGAAAGUCGAAGAGGUGACCCGGCUGGAGCAAGAGUUGAAUGCCCAGAUUGAGAAUGUCAAAGCACUUCAAGCGGAAAUGCGAUCGGCGGCAGAAGGGCUGAUGCGUUUGGAAGAAGACGCCCAACAGAAUCUCGCACGCUACCAGGCCGUCAAAGGAGAGCUGGACGAUUCCAACCGAGAGAUUGAGAGCCUGGAAAAAAAUCUAGCCGAAGUGGAAAGCAAGAUGCAAAGGUUGACGGUUCAGCAAGAGAGCAGUCAUAAUGAGAUUGCAUUCUUGCGCGAGGAGCAAGAUGCGGACAAAAUUAAGAUUGGUGACUUGGAAUCCCUCCUCAAGAAGGUUCACCUUAACCUGGAGUCUGAGAGGGACAAGAGUCGAGAUCUGGAACGUCGCAUUGCGGAUGAAAGGGCUCAGCGAGAAGCCGUGGCCAGCCAAGAGAAACAAGACGUUCAACGAGUCAUCAACGAUCUCAACCGUGAGGCGACAGGGGCCAAGGACGAAGUGAGAAAGCUUCGCAGAGCCCUUUCUUCGAGGAAUAUUGAGGCCGAUGCUUUCCGAGAUCGUCUUCAAGAACUCGACGACGGGCUGCGGAAUAUUGUCGGCGACCCCAACGGAUCAAGGAGUAGCAUUCUGAGUGCCGUGAGUAAAAUGAGUCGGGACCUGGAUCAGACUACGUUUGAUUUGGCUUCAGUGCGCAAGAAGCUGGAAGAGACUGAAGGCUUACUGGCGGAUCGGGAUGCCCUCCUCGAGUCUACUAGUCAUGAAGCCCGGAGAUUUGCCGAUGCCUACGAACGUGAAAAGCAAGGUCGACGACAAGAUAAGAUUGACUUUGACCGUGCCAACAAAGGACACAACUCAACCACGAGAGCAUUGACAAAUUCAUCCGCUAGAAUCGCAGAGCUGGAAGGUCUUCGACAAACCGACCGGAAACGGCUGGCCCAGGUUGAGACGCAAUUGAAGGACCAACUCACUGAACGGAACCAGGUUCUCCUCAAUCUCUGGAAGAAGCUAUCAGCGAUGUGCGGGCCGGACUGGGCACACAAUAACAGUCUGAUCAAUGGCAACCUUCCGUCUCAGGAGGUGAUUGGGAACAUGCUCUUCUGGCCUGGUUUCAGCCGUAAUUUGUUAGUGGCAGCCAAACAAGUUGAAGCACAGCUUUCGACAUUCCGAGACAAGAUCAAGCGGGUUGAGCGGGAGUUGUACAAGGAGUACCAGGCAUUGGAGCAAACGCUGGAUGUGCGGACUCGCAAGCUCGAACGGAUAGAAGAAAGUUGGGAGAAGAUGAAACUCAAGAUGAAUGAGAUGGAACUUCAUACCCAUGACCCUGGGAAUCGGACGCCAAAAUCGGCACGGACGCCGGAGAUCAGUAAACUCAAAGGUGAGAACCGGCUGCUGAAGGCCGAGUUGCAACUGCUCCAACAGCAGCAAGCCCAUCAUCAUAAUUCGCACGCUCGACGCGAUCGAAAUGAAAGCCGCGCGUCAGGGUACUCGAGUGUUAUGUCAGGUGAUGGAGGAAAUCAGCAAACAGAUGGGUCUGGCAGCGGCGUUGUUGGAGUUCCAGCUCGAUCGUCCAGCAUGAGGCGGAAUCGAAAUAUGGAACUUCAACGUCACCACUCGACCGGAAUCGUGGAGCACUUGGCAAACUUCAACGGCGAGGUGCGGCCAAGACGAUCGAACUCGAUUUCAAGCCGCAAUUCAGGACUCUCCCCAGGGGAGAGGGAGAGGGAGCGGCCGACGGGAUUGAUGAUUCCUGCAGGGCCAUUCAACGCUCCGGCCAACGGAAGUUUCGCUCUGCCACCGCCGCCACGAGAGGCUCCACCAGCCCCACCCAGUACAGCAUCAGGAUCUGACAUUGCCAGUAUCACGACCACGGGGGCUGCACAAGGUCAAGGGCAAGGGCAAGAGAAGUGGAUCCAUCGACUACGAGAAUUGGAGCGGAGACUGAAGGCUGAACGAGAGGCACGACUUCUCGACCGAAGUGGAGCACGAAAAAGACUGGAGGAACGAGAUGCUGUCAAUGAAGAACUGAGGCGAGAGUUAGAAAGAGAAAGAGUAAGGAAGAAUACCGAGACCGGAGAGUUGGGAUCGCAGGGAUACCCAAUGACUGAGGCUUCUAUGGAAGCUGAUGGAAGAGUGCGAGACGGAAGCGGGGACGGGACAAGGAAGCGCUAGGUUCGUUCAAUCACCGGAUUUGUUUGGGCGAGGUAUAUGGAAAGCCGUAUGGGACUGGAUCGAGGGAAAGUGUACCAGUAACCCAAGCAUGAGCAUUGGAACAGCAGUACGAAGGGAUUUGGAAAUUUGGAGGUGAAUUAUUAUGCUGAAAAGAUUUGUAUCAUUAUUGUAGCUGUGGCAUCAGCUUGGUAACAUUUGUGCUAGUCAUUUAGAUACCCGCGUCUUUGCUAUUGUGGCCUCGAU